AUGGACUCGUCACCCAAGAGAAGCCUCGUUUCUUCCACGGCUAAGCAGGGGAGCGUUGAAGCCGCGAGAGCUUUGUUCGACGGUAGCAUGAGUUUCGAGCUGGAGGUAGAGAACACUCGAAAGGCAAGGAUAAUUACACAAUGCUUAGAAAGAUCAGUGAGCAUCUUGAAGAGAGACAGAAAGAGCAAGUCUAAUGGUGGCUAUGUUCCAAACAUAAACGUGGUCUUGCAAGAUCUCGAAGAGAGACAGAGAAAGAGCAAUUUCUGCAAGUUCAUAGCGAGAGGCUCACGAUUGUUUUACGGUCUGAUCUGUACCAUACCGGCAAGUCCCCUGAGGAAAUUCAAGAACCUGCGAGACCUUGGAGGGCAUAUUCUCUGUUUACAGAGGAAGAAGCGAAAAUCAAAUAUGGAAGCCAAAACCCUAAUUUUCUCAGUUAUCUUCACUGUUCUCUCUCUCAGAUUCUUGAUCGGAAGAAUCAGGCGAAAGCCCAACCUCCCUCCGAGUCCGGCAUGGGCGUUACCGGUGAUUGGUCACCUCCGCCUCCUCAAACCGCCGAUCUACCGCACGUUUCUCUCCAUCUCUCAGUCUCUAGGCGAUGCUCCGAUCUUCUCCCUCCGCCUCGGAAACCGACUCGUUUUCGUGAACUCGUCGCACUCGAUCGCCGAGGAGUGCUUCACCAAGAACGACGUCGUACUCGCGAACCGGCCAAACUUCAUCCUCGCCAAGCACGUCGCGUACGACUACACAACCGUGAUCGCAGCUUCGUACGGAGAUCACUGGCGGAACCUCCGUCGCAUCUGCUCCAUCGAGAUAUUCUCGAAUCACCGGCUCAAUAGCUUUCUGUCUAUCCGGCAGGACGAGAUCCGGCGGCUGAUACUGCGUCUCUCCAGGAACUUCUCACAAGAAUUUGCAAAGGUGGAGAUGAAAUCAAUGUUAUCGGACUUAACAUUCAACAACAUCAUCAGAAUGGUGGCCGGAAAACGUUACUACGGAGACGGUGCAGAGGACGAUCCGGAGGCUAAACGAGUGAGGCAGCUUAUUGCGGAUGUGGUGGCUUGUGCCGGCGCCGGAAACGCUGUUGAUUACUUGCCGGUCUUGCGUUGGGUUUCAGAUUACGAGACGCGGGUCAAGAAGCUGGCGGGUCGGCUCGAUGAGUUCUUGCAGGGAUUGGUCGAUGAGAAACGAGGAGCUAAGGAGAGAGGCAACACGAUGGUCGAUCACUUGCUUUCUCUGCAAGAAUCGCAACCGGAUUACUUCACGGACCGCAUCAUCAAAGGAAACAUGGUUGCGCUGAUACUAGCGGGGACUGAUACGUCAGCGGUGACGUUAGAAUGGGCAUUGUCGAACCUGUUGAACCAUCCUGAGGUGUUGAAGAAGGCGAGAGAAGAGAUCGAUGGAAAGAUCGGUUUAGACAGGCUUGUGGAGGAAUCAGACAUCUCGAAUCUGCCAUAUCUCCAAAACAUCGUGUCUGAAACGUUGCGCCUUUACCCUGCGGCUCCCACGCUGCUUCCUCACGUGGCCUCGGAGGAUUGUAAAGUUGGGGGAUUCGAUAUGCCACGAGGUACGAUACUGUUGACCAAUGCGUGGGCCAUACACAGAGAUCCUAAGCUGUGGGAUGAUCCAACGAGCUUCAAGCCAGAGAGGUUCGAGAAAGAAGGAGAGGCGCAAAAGCUAAUGGCGUUUGGGUUAGGAAGAAGGGCGUGUCCAGGUUCUGGACUGGCUCAUCGGCUAAUAAACCUGACUCUUGGAUCUCUGAUUCAGUGUCUGGACUGGGAGAGGAUUGGAGAAGAAGAGGUGGACAUGACUGAAGGCAAAGGAGUCACAAUGCCUAAAGCCAAGCCUUUGGAAGCCAUGUGCAGAGCACGUGCCUCUGUUGAUCAUCUUAUCAACCAAUACAAAAAGAAUGACCAAGUGAGAAAGCAUCACCAACAAAAAGAAAAAAUGGAGUUCACCCAAAUCUUACUUCUCUCGUUUCUCUUAAUAUUUAUCACAAUCAGAUUCUUGUUCAAAAGAUCAAGCCGGAAGCUAAACCUUCCUCCGUCUCCGGCGUUCUCUUUGCCGGUGAUUGGCCACCUUCACCUCUUGAAGCCACCCAUACACCGGAGAUUCCUCUCUCUUUCUCAAUCCCUCGGAAAUGCUCCCAUCUUCCACCUCCGCCUUGGAUACCGCCACGUGUACGUCGUCACUUCACAUGCCGUCGCCGAAGAAUGUUUCACCAAGAACGACAUCGUUCUUGCUGACCGCCCAGAUCUCAUCAUGGGUAAACACGUCGGUUACGAUUCGACCAAUAUGCUCUCCGCAUCUUACGGCGACCACUGGAGGAAUCUACGCCGCAUCGCCGCCGUAGAGAUAUUCUCGACUCAGAGACUUAAUUCGUUUUUGUAUAUCCGUAAGGACGAGAUCCGACGGCUCAUAUCACGUCUCUCCAGGGACUCUUUACACGGAUUCGCGGAGGUUGAGAUGAAAUCGUUAUUCACUGACUUAGCAUCCAACAACAUCAUCAGGAUGGUGGCCGGAAAGAGAUACUACGGCGUUGACAACGAGAACAACGAAAAGGCCAAACUUGUGAAACAACUUAUCUUGGAGGUGAUGCUUAAUUCAGGCGCCGGGAAUCCAGCUGACUAUCUUUCGAUCGUACGUUGGGGCACCAAUUACGAGAAACAAAUAAAGAACUUGGGGAUUCGGUUUGAUGCGUUUUUGCAGGAACUAAUCGAUGAGAAACGUGACGAGAAAGGUCAAACUAUGGUUCAUCGCUUGCUUUCUCUCCAAGAAACCCACCCGGCUUACUAUACAGAUGAGCUCAUCAAGGGAAUCAUACUCGUUUUAAUAGCUGCGGGGACAAACACGACAUCCAUAACACUAGAAUGGGCGAUGUCGAAUCUGUUGAACCAUCCAGAGAUACUCAAGAAAGCGAGAACCGAAAUAGAUGAGAUAAUCGGUUCAGAUCGGUUACUUGACGAACCGGAUGUCGUGAAUCUCCCUUAUCUUCAAAACAUUGUGUCGGAGACAUUUCGCAUGUACCCUGCUCUACCGGUACUAGUGGCUCACAUGUCAUCGAAUGAUUGUAAAGUGGGCGGAUAUGAUAUGCCGCGUGGUACGAUGUUAUUGACCAACGUGUGGGCGAUGCAUAGGGAUCCAAAGUUAUGGGAAGAACCUGAGAGGUUCAAGCCGGAAAGAUUCGAGAAGGAAGGAGAGGAUCAGAAGUUGAUGCCGUUUGGGAUGGGACGACGGGCUUGUCCUGGAGCCGGACUUGCUCAACGGUUAGUGUGUUUUGCUCUCGGGUCUUUGGUUCAAUGUUUCGAGUGGGAAAGAGUUGAUGGAAAAUUUGUGGAUAUGACCGAAGGCAAAGGAGCCUCGAUGCCUAAAGCGACGCCGUUGCGAGCUAUGUGCAAAGCACGUACCCUUGUUGGUAAAGUGAUUUAA